AUGUUCGGAAGUCGUCAAUGGCGGGUUAGCACCUCUUCGAUCUCCUCGAGUAUCUUAAGAGGAUCUUUGAAGUACGCCACACUUAUGGGAAUCAUCUGUUUCAGCGUGAAGAACGAUGGAAGCGAUGGUCGUCUUGUGGCCAAGAAUAGGAAGUCGUAUAAAUGGUUCUGCCUGAUUUCAAGGAUACUGAUGUGUGGCCUAUAUGUGGACCGUACCAAGCAUUUUAUUUACGCGAUUCGUAUUUCUCCGUUAAAGAUUAUCGUCGGCAUUCGAUUCUUCAUCUGUGUUAUCUGCGCGAUCUUUACUCUGGGGAUACAGUUUUGGCACGGACAACGAGUCGUUGAUGUGGCGAAUCGUUUCCUGAGGCUUUUCCAAAGGAUUCAUGCCCUUCCAGGAUGUCAAGAUAUGGGCUAUGGCGGCAAGCGGGUGCUGGGUCUGUUGUUCUUGAAAGUGAUCUGUUUGGUUUACGAAGCUUGCUACCUGAUUCCAUUACUAAUUUCCGAUUACAAUGUUUAUGCGGCUAUAACCAUUUUUUGCGAUUUCUAUAAUACUGCCAAUACCACCAUUAUAUUGCAUAUCUACUUCGUGGCAUACCUCAGCAUAGGCAUCAGCUAUGACCAGGUCAACAGCUAUGUGCGGCAUGAGCUUCGCCGGCAGCUAAGCGAGCUGAAUACGCGCAACAGAGAAUCCGUUAGCCGAAAGAACUUGAAAGCCGCUGGACAUUGCCUCGACGAGUGCCUGGCCAUCUACGAUGAGAUUCACCAACUGGAAAUGUUUUUAUGCCGAUUAAACUACAAUGAAUUCCGGGUACGUCCAUUGGGUCUAUUUGAGGUAUCCAACGAGCUGAUAUUGGUCUUUAUGUCCGCCCUGGUCACGUAUAUCACCUACAUAGUACAGUAUGACAUGCAAGCAAAUCUAUUUUGA